UAAACAAUAAAAAGCAUUCUAUUGACCCUAACCACUGAUACUGGUAUGUGCAGUAAUAUAGGCUGUCUAUAUGUCCAAAUAAAUAUCCAAAUGGGGUUGAUAAUCGUAAGAUAUCCAUUCAGCUGUGGAAAUAAAUAUUGGGGAGAUAAACAGAUAAACACACACACAUUGCUGUUCUUGACAUUUAUAUAUUAAGACAAUUUUGGAUUGAAGAGUUGAUCUAUCAAAUAUCUCGAUAAGAGGGUGAACCCGUUGAACGUCUCGAUAAAAGGGCAGAGCUCAAAUGACCAUGGCAUGAUUUAAUUUCUUACACAAAUAUUGAGGCGCAAUGUCCUACCGGCAUUGGAGGCGCGAAGAAGUGAGAGGGAGAGGCCCCUUUAAGAGUGAAAGUAACAGGCGGUUGGUGCAAUGCAUGCUGGGUUGGGAAGGCGGAGCCGGCCAAUCAGGAGGCGUUCGGAAGCUUGGCUUUUGCUACAAAGUAGGAAACCGACGGGAGAGUUGAAUGGAAUCGGAGGAACGUAGCGUUGGCAGGCACCCAGUCAUCUAGUCCAACCCCCUUCCAUGUUGUUCUCUUUUUAAAGCAAGCAGGUGAGAAGAUGGACCUAGAGAGGCUGCGACACUUGAACCAGGACCUCCUGCGGAGGCUGAGGACGAACCAAGAGGAGUUCAGGGAGCGGGUUCGAGUCAAGCUGUUGCCACCAUCACAAAGAGCGACUCCUCAAGGCGCGUGGGUCUCGGACAGCAAGGGCGAGAGAGAGAAUAGGGAACGUUUCCCCGAAGACUCGGCCGAUUCUGCGGUGAUUGUGUCCGUGGAAGUGAGUCCCCAGCUGGCACGGCGCAACUUCGCCUCCCCCUUGAAACCCGCCUUGCCCCAGGACGAGCGAGAGGGCCGUCACCGAGGGCGCUUGCGUCCCACCACCCGGGAGACCGAGGUGAUGCACGUUCCGCCGGCUGCAGCACCCGCCAGAUCAACUCGCAAAACCGCGGUGAGUGGCGGACACCCAAAAGGACCGAGGAAGCCCAGGGUAACCGCGGGGCAUGCGGAGGCAAAAAGGCGUUCUCCAUAUUUGCACAGCUUGCCGGAGACGGACAGGCCUCAGGCCAGAGAGCAGGCGGGCCCAGGACGAGCCAAAGAGGGGAGAGGCAGGACAACAGCUUCUGUGCGGAUGUCGCCAGCCCCGAAACCAAUCCUGCUCACACCUCAAGCCAAGGAAUCUAAAGAGAAAUCGAAGAAGGAAUCUGGGCACGUGACGUUCAUGUCUGACCCUGAGGAGUGCGCCAUCCCGGCAGAUGACUGGUCGGUCCGCCCUUUCCUGGGGUACGAUUGGAUCGCAGGACUGCUCGACAUGGACACCUCCCUCUCGGAGAAACCCGAUCAGUACUUCUCCGAGCUGCAGGAAUUCCGGAAGGUGAACAGGGAGGCCUGCAUCUACGACCGGGACCUGCGAUCAGACGGUCUGGGUACCUCUGCUCACAAUCGAGAAUCGGACAUGGACUCGGGUUCCCAUCAGUGUGUCUUCUGUUACCGGCUGAAUAAACGCCUUUUCGCGGUGCCCCUGGAUUUGGAGUCUGCCUGCCCCAUCUGCAAAACCCCCAGAGCCCACCGGCCUCCAGAGUCUCUGGUGGAGCCUGCUUUCGUCAGGGUCAGCAUCCCGAGAUCCACUUUGCUCCCUGCCUACAAGCACAAGAUCCACCGCAGGAAAAGCUACGAACCUGCAGACAACCUGGCGUUGCCCUCGCACUGUUUGGCCGGUUGGCAGAACCCCGUUCAAGCUUUCAGCCCCACUCUCAGCAGCCUCGACCUUCAUUCAUCCCUGGGAGAUGUGCCGCUUGGCCAUACGAAUCGGAUCGCUGCCUCCAGAGUGUCAGGAGGAAGCAGGACCGACGAACUGCUGGACCUUUCCCGCGUGGCGGAAUUUGAACUCUGCAACCUCUCCUGGCGGAGCAAGCACCAUAAGCCGCCAUGCCACAAAGCCACUUCUAAUUAAAAGAGCUCGCCGAUUCGAACUUUCCACUUUUGGUCCUUGAUGGGGAAUGAGGAGGAGCUACGUGUGUUUAUGGAACAGGGCCUCCUCCUUCGUGAGGUUGCCUGCUAGCCUCUUGCAUCAGCACGCCGCUCAAACGCUUUGCGACAUUUGAGAAAUUGCAGGACGGGUUCGUUUUAAUACGCCGCCUUUUUAUCUCUGGUCCACGGCGGCAGGUACGCCCUUUCACAACUCUUGAAAUGAUGGAAGCAUGGUUUGAAAUCAAAAGAUUAAAAAGCGUGUUGUUGUUUUAAAAAGCCAAGGAUGGUAGCAGUUAAGGACAUUUAGAAAAACACUAAUUUGGUGGAGGAAAAGAUAUGUCUCUGUGUGCGUCUCUUAAUUGUCUUGUUUUUAAAAAAGUAAAUAAAUAUGGUUUUGACUUCA